AAAUUGUAGUCCUGACCUCGGUAACAUUCCCGGUCAAAUAGAUUUGAAAAUAAACUUCAAACAGAAGCGACUGGAAUUCCGGCCCGGAUCAUAUAUCUGAUCGCAUACUUUACGUGCAAUCGAAUGUCUUCCGACCUCAUUGAUAACCCCUCCCCCAACUACGGCAGCCAUGGAGCGGUUCGUCACUGCGGACUGAUUUCCAGUUGCACCCUGUGGCUUGCCGGAGAGUCACAUUCAAUAAGGGAUGAGCGAAACACAUCGAGGUGUCGAACGGUCCUAUCUUCCUGGAGUGCGGCUUUCCGAAGUUGUGGCGGGCAGCGAGAGGCAAUGAUCUUGUGCCCCAGUUUUGACACCAUACUCCAGUGAACCCAACCAGUGUAUAUACAGAUUUACUGUAGUUUCCAUAUAUUUGUACUCAAUGCCAUCAUACAGAGCCCAGGAUCAGUUGCGUCCUGAGUGGUUUUCUGGGUUUAUUAAAGAGGUUGUUAAAUGUUUCACAGCUGCAGAAUGUGUUGACUAUCCAGCGAAGUCUCUCUGUUUCUCCAAAGAUUGACAGCCAUGUUUGUCCCCCGGUCGCUGAAGGUGAAAAGAGUGGAAGAAAGUGAGGGCCAACAUGCCAAGAGAAGUAAAGUCGUUUCCGAUGACUUAGGGAACACCGAACAUCCCCAGGGAGUCACAGAAAACCCUGAGGCCACUGCUGGCCCAGAGGAGGAGGAGGAGGAGGAAGAGCCAGUGAAGCAGCUGAGCAAAGGCCAGCGCUGGCCGGAGCCAGGAGAGCCUGUCUGCUCGGUGUGUGGCCGAUAUGGGGAAUAUAUCUGCAAUGAGACUGAUACGGAUGUGUGCAGCAUGGAGUGUAAAGCCCAGAAUCUGCAGUGUUUGGGAAUGGGGUGUCCAGCAUCCUUUCCUGUUCCUGAGACAUGGCCUAGCCUGCAGCCAGAGGAGCAGUUUGCCCAGGCUGGCAACUACCUGGAGCACCCAUUUAUCUCUAGCCUGAACACUGAGCAGGUGGAGGCCCUGCAGCAUCAACUUGGCAUUGCUGUGUCAGGUCCAGCUGUCAGGCCCAUUGUGGAAUUUGAGCAUUGUGGCUUCCCCGACACCCUGAAUGCCAACCUGGCAAGGAUGGGCUACCUGACCCCUACCCCGGUUCAGAUGCAGAUGCUGCCACAAGGCUUGGCAGGGAAAGAUGUUUUGGCGGCAGCGGACACUGGCUCAGGAAAAACCGCGGCUUUUCUGCUUCCCGUCAUCAUGGCGGCACUGCAACAGAACAAGAAGACUUCACCCCAGCAACCUACUGGGUUGAUCCUGACUCCGACACGUGAACUUGCCAUUCAGAUCGAAGGGCAGGCCAGGGAGCUGAUGAUGGGUUUGCCCAACAUGAGAACUGCACUGCUAGUCGGUGGAAUGCCUUUACCCCCACAGCUCCACCGCCUCAAACAAAACAUUCAGGUCAUUAUUGCAACUCCAGGGCGGCUGCUGGAAAUUCUAAAGCAAAAAGCUGUCACCCUGUGUGGAAUGCAGAUUGUGGUGGUGGAUGAGGUUGACACCAUGUUGAAGAUGGGAUUCCAGCAGCAGGUGUUGGACAUUCUGGAGAAAAUUGCCUCAGAGCAUCAAACGGUUUUGGUCUCUGCCACCAUCCCAGCAGGUAUUGAGCAGCUGGCCAGCCAGUUCCUGCAGGACCCAGUCAGGAUCACUGUUGGAGAGAUGAACCAGCCUUGUUCCAAUGUCCGUCAAAUUAUCCUUUGGGUGGAGGAAGCCUCCAAGAAGAAGAAACUGUUUGAGAUUCUGAAUGAUGGCAAGCUCUUCCAACCCCCCGUGCUGGUGUUUGUGGACUGCAGACUGGGAGCUGAUCUGCUAUCAAAUGCUGUGCAGACUAUCACAGGCCUGAAGACAGUGGCUAUUCACUCAGACAAGGCCCAGCGUGAACGGAAUCAGAUUCUGCAGGGCCUGCUUCAAGAUGACUAUGAGGUUGUUGUCAGCACAGGAGUCCUCGGCAGAGGGCUGGAUCUUGUCAAUGUCACAUUGGUUGUGAACUUUGACAUGCCGCCUACCAUGGAUGAAUAUGUGCAUCAGGUGGGGAGAGCAGGACGGUUGGGUCACCAGGGAACAGCAAUCACCUUUGUUAAUAACAGCAGCAGCAAGCAUUUCUUGGAACUGGUGAAGCGGGUGAAGCCAACAGGUACACUGCUGCCUCCGCAGCUCCUUAACUCCCCCUAUUUGAAUGAGCAACAGCGCAGAGAACAACUGAGAAACAAGCAGCAAGCACAGCAAGACAUGGUGACUGGGAAGAGUCUGAUUGAUAUCAUCAGGAAGCAUGACCGCUGUGCACUGCAGAAACGAUAAUCUGUGACUUGUGGUGAGGGGACAGGCUGGGCACCUGGUUAACAGCAGUUUGUCUCUACUGGGCUUAUUUUCCAUUGUCGCACUGGAUCUGAGUACAGGCCAUGAGGGUGAUGUAUACUGCAUUACAUGAAACUGGGCAGAGCGAAAUUAAUUAAAAUGAUGUUUUUAAGUAUUCUGUAUGAGGUGUGUAUACUUGUCUGAUCAGCAAUAUAUUUACAGCGAUUAAAAUCAGACUUUCAACUUGCUUAUAGUCAUGAGAUGGGCAUGAGGGUAGCACUUGGGUAAGUGUUCUGUGCUGACCAAUUGCGGCAAGUUUAUGAUAAGCCAACCCAUGCACUUAAUAUUCCACUUGUUUCACUGACAUUGUCUAUGAAUUUUUCUCCUUUAUGUUUGCACUUAGAAAAGUGCAGAAUUUGAGGCACCCAGUUACACAUUGGUAUCAAACAUGACCUCAUGAGGGUAGAUUGUGGUAUGCUGAUGCACAACAGGUGCUUUGUUUCCUCCUUAACAAUACGAACCAGGAUCACCGCUGAAGUAAUUGUCAGUAUGGCAGCUUAUCUGCUGAAGAUGAGUCACUGGCCACCAGCAGCUUGAUUUAGGAGGCUUCAAACACAUUCUGUUUAAUUGCUUACCACAAACAAUUGGAUGGAACUUCUAUCCUGUGAGUGAUUACACUGAAUCCAGAUCUCUCAGUUGAUUGACAUGGCCAUUCUUAAUAAUGUUACCAAUAAAAGCAAUGAAGUUA